UCAUACGCUCUAAGUUUAUUUGUAAACAUCGUCUCGCUGUUUUCGGUUCCGGAGAUUGACCCUGUUUUUUCGAACAAGCAUCGUUUAGGAGCAAAUCGAUGAGAUUCAUUUUCAUCCGUAUGUAUAAUGUCCGAGGGAAACCCAACUGUUGAAGGGAAUGCUGCUGCAGUGAAAAAGUCCAACAGCGAGAGAGGACCUAAGGGUAGCAGCACGAACAAUAAGAAACCUGGAACCACGGAAUCCGGCAGACCGGGACGUAAUUUCAGCGAUCGACACGUUGUCAAGAAACGGGCUCUGCCAAAAUACUACACAAGAGUGAAUGAUAUUUAUGUGACCUAUAAAUCGGAUUUUACCUUUCAAUUCAAGCGUUGUUUGGAAUUGUUGAAUUCUCAUAUAGGAGAGGUGUUUCUUCACUGCACCGGCAGAGCGAUCAAUCGUGGGAUUAAUCUAGCAUUGAAGCUGAAAGAAGAAUAUCCCGACGCUUUCAACUUCGAGGUUAACACGUCCACCGUCACUGUUACUGACGAUAUACAUCCCCUGAAAGAUGAUGAUGACUUCGGUGAACAGCGACGAAUGAAUUCUUGUCUACAUAUUCGACUGUAUAGUAUGAUUAAACUAAAGUCAACAAAUCCAACUACAUAAAGCCACAAUUAAAUUUGAAAAU